AUGCUUGCCGACCAGAGCGCCCUGGCCGCGGCACACCCCGACAACCGGCUGCUGCAGCUGCGCGGCAACGCGGGCAGCCACGACCUGCAGCUGGGGACCGACACGCUGCGGCAGCUGAGGGGGCUGACGCGCGCGGGGGACAGCGCGGCGGUGCCCAGGUAUGACAAGUCGGCAUUUGGUGGCCGCGGAGACCGCGCUGACCCAUCGACCUGGCCCACCGUGCAGGGCCCCCUGGACGUGGUGCUGUUUGAGGGCUGGAUGCUGGGCUUUGCCCCUGUCGGCGCCGACACGGCGGGCGCUGUGGAGGGCGCCCUGUCCCAGGUUGACGCGGCGCUGGCGGCGUACCGCGACGCGUGGGACUCUGCCGUUGACAGCUGGCUGGUCAUCAGGAUAGGGGACCCCCAGUGGGUGUUUGGCUGGCGCCUGCAGGCGGAGCAGCGCAUGCGCGCCGCGGGCAAGCCUGGCAUGACUGACGAGCAGAUCGCGGACUUUGUCAGCCGCUACAUGCCCGCAUACCAGGCCUACCUGCCCGGCCUCUACGCGCGGGGCCCCACCACAGCCAGGGCGGGCCGCACCCUCAUCCUGGAGGUAGACCACGCGCGCGCGCCGGUUGCGGCCCAGCCGGCGCCAGUCCUGUGA